CGGUGCCCGGCCGGAAGGCUGCACACCGACAUGGCGGCGGGCAGGGGCGGGUUGCGGCUCGGCGCUGCCUGGAAGGCGGUGCUGGGGAGAAGGCCGGAAGGGAUCGUGGCCACGCCAUGGGCUCGGCAGAAGUUCACCAAAUCGAGAAUUCCCGAGUCGGUAUUUCAGCCACGACCCGGAGAUCAUGAGAAGUACGGAGGUGACCCUGAGCAGCCCCACAAAGUCCAUAUUGUUACUAGGAUAAAAAGUGUAAUCGGUCGCCCAUAUUGGGAGAAGAAGGUCAUACAUGAUCUUGGACUGGAUAAGGCACAUCAACCAAGACUGCACAAAAAUAUCCCUUCUGUGAAUUCCAGACUGAAAGUUGUUAAACAUCUGAUAAGAAUACAGCCGUUGAAACUACCAUAUGGAUUGCCAACAGAAGAGGAAAUGGCAGACUCCUUUCUUACGAGCAAGGGAGAGCUUAUCAUUAAACAGCGUCUGAAACCUGUGGAGCAGGAAGAAAUUAAAUCAUAAGGUGUGCUGGUCGGAAUUAUGUUUUCUAAAAUAAAUAAUUUAAGUCCCGAGUUAAGAGCUUGUGUAUGAAAUGGAAGCUGGUAUGUAAAUAGAACAGAUCUAACUAAUGAUAGUGUGUUUUGCAGCUAACAGCAAAGGUUUGCAAUGAGGGUGCUUGGCUUCACCUUUGCUACACUUAAAAAAGAACAGGAAUUUAAAAGAUUUUUUGAUCAUGAGUUGCCUGAGAACUGACUGACUGUCUGUUCAGAGCUCAAUUUAUUGAUGCAGGCAUUUGAGUGGCUUACCUGUUAUUCAAAUCUCGCAUUUGUUUCUUAGCAGGCAGUUUCAUCUGGCCUCCCCUGUAUCUUGAAUAGAAUUGUAGAAUCACAUGAUUUGGGCCGGAAGGGACCUCACAGCCCACUCAGCCCCACCCCCAC